CGUCUCGGUUACUACAUUGCCCCCACCCCUACCACUGCUGCUGCUCCAGCAAGCAAAUCUAAUCAAGUUCUGCGCAUCUCGGUUGCCCUAUAAAUCCCAGCUGCCGCCUGCCUCUACCUCCAGUCCAGUAGCUCACCACUAGCUUCACUCUGCUCUGCUCCUCCAUCCACACGACACGCUGCUAGCAGCUUCUCUUCUCUCUUUUUUUAAAUAACAGAGCGCCGAGAGCGGUGACACUAGAACGUCGCGACCGCCGGCGCCAUGGCCACCUCCACCUUCUCGCUCUUCUUCCCGCCGCUGCCCAGCAGCAAAGGCCAGUGGCCGGUGGCUGAGGAAGCUGCCUACUCCUACGACGACCACAGCACCGUCACCACCCUCUCUCCUUCCUCCCCGGCCUCCUCUGCUUCCUCGGGAUCCCUGGUCGACUGCACGCUCUCCCUCGGCAUGCCGUCCUCGCGCCGCCCACAGCCUGACCGCAGGCCACCGCCGCAGGCAUACCCGUCCGUGUCCGCCGCGGCUGAGCCCUGCUACUACCACCAGCAGCAUGGUGGCAGGGGCGGCGCCGCCGGGCACGAGCAGCUCCUGGACCGCCGCUGCGCCAACUGCGGCACCGCGUCCACCCCGCUCUGGAGGAACGGCCCCCGCGGACCCAAGUCGCUGUGCAACGCGUGCGGCAUCAGGUUCAAGAAGGAGGAGCGGCGCGCGGCGGAGACCAACGGCGGCGGCGGGUGCGGCUACGUCGCGCAGCGGGCGCCCAUGUCGGCCCCUCGCGCCGUGCCGUACGCGGAGGAGGCGCUACCUUACGCCGGCGCCGUCGACGCGCCGUUCCUGGCGUGGCGGCUGAACGGCGUCCCGCCGGCGCCGGCGUUCUCGGCGUGGCCCGACAGGCAGCACGGCGUGUACCAGUACAACUAGCUUAGUAGCAGUGCGUGGUGUAGGUACGUGUUAGGACAUGGGACGCGGUUGGUGGGCGCUGCAACGUUUUUUUGGGGAUUUUGUUGGGGACGUACGGUUGCACGCGGCCGGUGGGAUAUGCAUGUGCAUGAGUAGUGGUAGUACUGGUACUGUAUUUUGUCUGGCAUUAUCGUCGAACAAGCCUAGUGUACUAAAUAUAUCAAGUACAUGUCGUUUGUAUUCUCAAGUUUCGAUGCUCUUGGGUUCGAAUUGAGGCGCAAAAUCGGUCUGAAUUUCGUCUCGCGAGCAGCCGGGAUAUGAAACUGGUGUUUAACGA